GGGCCAUGCGCCGCCGCCUCUGGCUUGGCCUGGCCUGGCUGCUGCUGGCGCGUGCGCCCAGUGCUGCGGGGACUCCGAGCGCGCCCAGGAGGCCGCGCAGCUACCCGCACCUGGAAGGCGACGUGCGCUGGAGGCGCCUAUUCUCCUCCACCCAAUUCUUCUUGCGCGUGGACCCCGGCGGCCGGGUGCUGGGCACCCGCUGGCGCCACGGCCAGGACAGUGUUGUGGAGAUCCGCUCUGUCCACGUGGGCACCGUGGCCAUCAAGGCUGUGCAUUCAGGCUUCUACGUGGCCAUGAGCCGUCAGGGCCACCUCUAUGGGUCGCGGGUCUGCCGUGUCGACUGCAGGUUCCUGGAGCGCAUCGAGGAGAACGGCUACAACACCUACGCCUCACUCCGCUGGCGCCACCGGGGCCGGCCCAUGUUCCUGGCACUGGACGGACGGGGGGCUCCCCGGCAAGGCAUGCGCACACGGCGGCAUCACCUGUCCACCCACUUCCUGCCCGUCCUGGUCUCCUGAAGCCCUUUGAGGUCUCAAGGGCCUGCUGACAGACCUGGAGGCUGGGGCAGGAAGGAGGGCCCCAGGACACCUGAGACAGGUGGCAGGGGCCAGGCUGCAGGGCGUUCGGCUCGCUCAUCCUGAGCCUUAACUGGGUGCCUACUGGGGGGCCUCACUGGGUCCCCCAGGCUGGGGGAGGCAGAUGGCAAGCUGGGUCCACGGCCCAGCACGAGGAGGAGCACGUCCAGGAUGAAGGCACGCCCAGGCCAGGCUGAGGAGGAGUGCCCGGAUGGGAGCUGGCAAGGGCAAAGGCUGAGGGGUGCACGGGGCGGCUGUGGGCAGCAAGGAGGGGCAGGCCUGCAGGGCCCAGUGCAGUGUGCGUGGGAUGGUCGCCCCGCCACCAGGCGGCCGUGCUGCCAGAACAGCAGCCCAGACAUCCAGGCCUCACCCCCAGGGCCUGUGGACAUGGCACUUCCCAGGGCAAGGGGCUCUGGGGGGGAUCAGGGGAGGAGACCCCUGAGUGGGGCCACCCAGGGGUCCUCCUGAGAAGAGGCAGGAGGGCCAAAGUCAGAGGCCCUGGAAGAGGCUGCGCGCUGGCUCUGGGCUGGAGGAGGGGGAGGGGGACUGUCCCUGGGCCUCAGGAGGAUCUAGUCCUGCCACGCCUGGGUUUAGCCGGGGC